UUGGUUCAGCAAACUAAAUGGUUGGUUGCAGGAAACAUCAGGGGCGGCAUGGCUUCAAAAAAAGCCACCAGUUACAAGAUGUCGUCGGCACAAAUACCGAAUCCGUCUGUGCAGAUAAAAACUUUUGUUGAUGCAAACAAAAGUAUCGAUAUGCUUUUGCAAGCUGCAAAAGCUAACAACGACGGUAGGAUUUAUGACAAGAAAACUAAGGGUAAAUUUCCCUCUUCCUACUAUACACCGUUGCUUCCCCCCAGGGGAAGCAGUGCCGGUCACUCUCCUCAGGGUUCUGCUGAUGAGGUUCAUAUGACCGGUAGAAAUUCGGCUGUUAGUCCAAGUGCAACAUCAAUGAGCAGUCCUCAAAUGCCCAUGUUGACUCCUUUUCAUAAGAAGCAAGCUAGUGCUCCUCCUGAACUUGAUACGAGAAAUUUUGAAUUUUAUUCGAAUAAUCGUACUGUAGGCUCACAGCACCAAGCACAACCUAUGGCUGUGCAUCACCAACAGAGUAAAUCUAUCUCAGCAAUUCCAACUAUGCAAGAGCCCUACCAACAACCACAGCUACACAUGAG